AUUUGAUUACUGAAAUUUGCUAAAAAAACUGUAAUUUUUUCUUUAGAUUAUUGUGAGUCAACAACUUUUCCAGUUUUGUAUAUAAAUACUUCUUGCUAGCUUGUAGUCUCAUAUACUCAUCAUCAGUGUUUCUUUCAGUUCCAAUCCUUAUCCUCCCUUUCUUUUGAGUUGAUUUUGUUACCUUGAUCCCCAAACUACCAUAAACCUUACUCUUCCCGUUCAAUCCGCAGCCAUGGAAGCCGCUGGUCAGAAAUACUCUGUUCUCGUGAAAACCGAAGUUCGUGAUAAGAUGAUGGGAGAAAUCAAUCAGAUCUCGGAAUUCUUCUCGGUGUCAAAGUCUGAUGCAACCGUGAUCCUAGUCCGUCUCCGUUGGAACUCGUUCAAGGCUUCAGAUCUUCUUGUUGACAACAAGGACAAGUUUCUGGCGGAGCUAGGGCUGGCUCGAGUUCCUAUUUCCAACUCUUCUUCUGCAGGUCGUGAGACGACGACCCUUCCUGAUGGUGAUGGAGAUUACUUAGUCUCCACGCCUUUUUGCUCACACAAGUUUUCAACAACUUGCUGGAGUGAAUAUCUCAACGAUGCUCUGGUGAAGAACAAGGAGGAGACAGGACUCAUCAUCUCUUGCCUUAACCAAGGCUGUGUCGCCUCUGUUGGACCCGAUACCAUCGAUAAACUGACUGACAGAGUGAAGGAGAUGUACGAGGGAUGGCUUCUCGAAUCCUUCAUGGAGUGCCAUAAGGCAACCAUCCAAUGGUGUCCUGCAUCGGAUUGCAAAUACGCCAUACUGCUUGAGGAUGAUACUGAUGAAGUUGAUUUCGGUGUGGUCUGUUUGUGUGGCCACACCUUCUGUUGGACGUGUGGCCUUGAGUCACACCGCCCGGUGGACUGCAAGAAAGCAUCAAUUUGGUCGACGGACCUGUUGGAUCAGUUAAGGACCGUUUCUUGGAUCCAUGCAAACACCAAACGCUGUCCCAACUGCAACAUUCCUGUGCAGCAGAAUGAGGAUCCUGAUUACAAGCUAAUGGAGUGUAUCUGCAGUUAUAGCUUCUGUUGGGUCUGCUUACGCACGGCGCAAGAGCAUAAUGGGAACUGGAAUUGUGUUCCAGUGGCUGGUCCAGUGGGGGAAUCUUCUUCACGUGAACUGACUCAAAUCUUCCGCCUGGAUCUCUGGGAGGCACGCCAGAAGGAAAUGGAGAAAGCUAAAUCCAAUCAGAAACUCGUAGAGGAGAAGUUCAUUCCGUCACUAGAGGAGAGAUGCGGAGUGAGCGAGCUGGACAUAAGGACAAUAAAAGAAGCAGAGAUGCUAAUUGUUCAGUGCAGGCAGGUACUGAAGUGGAGUUGUGUGUUCGAAUACUACAUGACGGAGGAGUACGGUAGCACGAAGAUGCAGUACCUGCAACACCGACGAGAUCUAGCGAGCGUAAUGGUUUGGAAUCACGAAAUUACUCGACGUUGGGUUAUAUAUAAUGCCCUCGACGAAAGAAAUUUCACUUGCGUAAAGCACAAGAUGGAAACAAGUACAACAAACACUGGUAACUACUUCCAUGGAUUCGUCAAGAAUCUUGAAGAAGGAAUGCCAGAAGUACUGUAUGGGGAUCGACCGAUCAUUCGCUGGCUCUGCCAUAAGUGCUUCUUUAGUAACAAAUAUGUUGAUAAAGAGUGCCAGUUGUGCUAUGUCCCUCGGGAAUCUCCGGAAUCUUCUCAUGUGGCAGCUCCUGAUGACCUACUGAGUCAACAGUAACGGACAUGCCUUCAAUUCAUCAGUGGUUGAUGAUGAUGAUGCUGGUUUCGUUUUAUGUUCUCUUGUGUCGUUGUUCCUUUUUUUGUCCUCCAUGAGUUUGAUUAUCAUCAUCCAUCAUCGUAUUUGGUUUAAGAGUCUUGUUGCAUUGGUCUUUUUAAUAAGUCGUUUGUUGUCGUUGUCGUUGUCGUCAUGUUGUUAAUUUUCUUGUGUUUUUCCUUGUUAUAAAAUUUCUUGUAACAUGAAAAAUGCAAAUAUAAAGAAACAAUAUGUGGUCCGUUUAAAACAUGUCUUUGGAUAAAUAAAAAAUCUAUGGAUGAUUUACAA